AUGGAGAAAAUGGUGCUGGGCUGCUGUCUUUUGUUCUUUGGACAAUUCUUGCUUUUCACUGCUGAGGCCAGGGAAAGGCACCCCCAAUGGCCAUUGUCAAGAGGAAGAAAUGCCCUAGCCCAUCCCCAGACUACUUUACUUGAAAGCUCAUGUGAAAAUAAGCAAGCAGACCUCGUCUUCAUCAUCGACAGCUCCCGCAGUGUCAGUCCCUACGAUUUUGCAAAGGUAAAGGAGUUCAUUGUGACCAUCUUGCAGUUCCUGGACAUCGGCCCUGAUGUCACCAGAGUGGGCCUGAUCCAGUAUGGCAGCACCGUCAAGAAUGAGUUCUCAUUGAAGACUUUCAAGAGAAAGUCUGAGGUGGAGAGAGCUGUCAAGAGAAUGAUGCACUUGGCCACCGGCACCAUGACUGGCCUGGCCAUCCAGUAUGCAGUGAACAUUGCAUUCUCUGAAGCUGAGGGUGCUCGACCUCUGAGGGAAAAUGUGCCCCGGAUUAUUAUGAUCGUGACAGAUGGGAGACCACAGGACCCAGUGGCUGAGGUGGCAGCAAAGGCGAGAAAUACAGGCAUCUUGAUCUUUGCCAUUGGGGUGGGUCAGGUGGACUACAACACUCUGAAAUCCAUUGGGAGUGAGCCCCACGAAGACCACAUUUUCCUGGUGGCCAAUUUCAGCCAGAUUGAGACUCUGACUUCAGUGUUCCAGAAUAAACUAUGCGUGGCCCAUAUGUGCAAUGUUAUGGAGCAUAACUGUGCCCACUUCUGCAUCAACACACCUGGCUCGUACCUUUGCAGAUGCAAACGAGGAUAUAUUCUGAACACAGACCAGAAAACUUGUAGAAUUCAGGAUGUAUGUGAAAUGCAGGACCAUGCCUGUGAGCAGAUAUGUGUGAAUGUGCCUGGAUCCUAUGUGUGCCAGUGCUACAAUGGCUACACCCUCGCUGAAGAUGGGAAGAAAUGUGUCGUUGUGGAUCACUGUGCCUCGGCAAACCAUGGCUGUCAACAUGAGUGUGUAAAUGCUGAUGAUUCCUAUUCCUGCAGAUGCCAUAAAGGGUUUGCUCUUAACCCAGAUAAAAAGACAUGUCACAAGUUGGACUAUUGUGCUUCCCUUAACCAUGGCUGCCAGCAUGAAUGUGUUAAUACAGAGGACUCUUAUUCCUGUCGAUGCCUGAAAGGAUUUAAUCUGAACCCAGAUAAGAAAACAUGCAGAAGAAUCAACUACUGUGCUCUGGGAAAACAUGGCUGUGAGCAUGAAUGUGCAAAUGCAGAAGACGGUUACUACUGCCGUUGUCGUCCUGGCUACACCCUGAACCCCAAUGGGAAGACUUGUAGAAGGGUGGAUCACUGUGCAGAGAACAACCAUGGCUGUGAACAGCUGUGCCUAAACACAGAUGACUCAUAUGUGUGUCAGUGUUCAGAAGGCUUCGUCAUUAAUGAGGACCUCAAAACCUGUACAAGGGUGGAUUAUUGCUUGUUGAGUGAUCAUGGUUGUGAACACUCUUGCAUAAAUACUGAGAGAUCCUUUGCUUGUCAGUGCUCUGAGGGGUUUGUAUUAAGGAGUGAUGGAAGAACCUGCAAACGACUAGACUCCUGUGCUCUGGGAGAUCACGACUGUGAACAUACCUGUGUAAGCCUUGAUGACUCUUAUGAGUGCCGCUGCUAUGAAGGUUACACUCUCCAGGAUGAUGGGAAAACUUGUAGAAUAUUGGACCUGUGUGCUCUGGGAGACCAUGGCUGUGAGCAUUCCUGUGUGAGCAGGGGAGAAUCAUACAUGUGCCUGUGUUUUGAAGGUUAUACGCUUCUUGAUGACGGAAAAACCUGCAAAAGGGAGGAUGUCUGCAAAUCUACCAACCACGGCUGUGAACACACUUGUGUUAAUGAUGGCAAUUCGUACAUCUGUAAGUGCUCAGAGGGAUUUGUUCUGGCGGAGGACCGGAAACGGUGCAGAAAGUGCACUGAAGGCCCCAUUGACCUGGUAUUUGUGAUCGAUGGAUCCAAAAGUCUUGGAGAAGAAAACUUUGAGAUCGUGAAGCAUUUUGUCACUGGCAUCUUAGAUUCCCUUGAGAUCUCCCCCAAAGCAGCCCGAGUGGGGCUGCUGCAGUAUUCAACCCAGGUCCGCACAGAGUUCACCCUGAGAGACUUCCAUACUGCUAGAGACAUGAAAAAGGCUGUGACCCACAUGAAAUACAUGGGCAAAGGCUCCAUGACUGGCAUGGCCCUGAAGCAAAUGUUUGAGAGAAGUUUUACCGAGGGAGAAGGAGCGCGGCCACCUUCGGCAAGAGUGCCCAGAGUAGCCAUCGUGUUCACGGAUGGACGAGCCCAAGACGAUGUCUCUGAAUGGGCAAGCAGAGCCCAGCAGAAUGGAAUAACCAUCUAUGCUGUUGGAGUAGGAAAAGCCAUUGAAGAAGAAUUGCAGGAGAUUGCAUCUGAUCCCCCUGACAAACAUCUCUUCUAUGCAGAAGACUUCAGCACAAUGGGAGAAAUAAGUGAAAAACUCAAGAAAGGAAUCUGUGAAGCUCUAGAAGACUCAAAUGGAAAUCAGGACUCCCCCGCAAGUGAUCUUCCCAAGAUGGCGCAACAGCCUCCAGGUUCCAGACAGGCCCAAGUGCAGUCAUUUAUUCAUCCACUGUCUUGUGUGGUACACUGCAUCAGGGGAAUGGCAGUGUGUCCCACCAUUCCAGGGAUGGCCCAGGGACAAUCUCUGCUCCUGACCUCCACGUUCUGGGGUUUGGACAGAAACAAAGCUGCCUCCUCAUGGGUGAAAUAUCACUGGAUUUCUCCCUUUGAAGCUGACUUUGAGUAA